AAUCCACCACAAAUACACCGACAACAACGGAGACAACCACCGUACAUUUGACAACAACCACACCACAGACAACCACACCCACCACAACAUUGGAUACUACCACCAAAUCAACUUCUCAAUCCACCACAAAUACACCGACAACAGAGACAACCACUGUACAAUUGACAACUACCACACUGCAGGCAACCACAACACAUCAAGCCACCACACUAUCGACUUCAACAGAACAAUCUACCAGAAUCACAGACGCAAUCACCCAAGACCCUACCACAACUUCACAAUCCACCACAAAUACACCAACAACAGAUACAACCACCGUACAUUUGACAACAACCACACCGCAGACAACCACACCAAGCACAACACAGGAAACUACGACCAAAUCAACUUUCCAAUCCACCACAAAUACACUGACAACAGAGACAACCACUGUACAAUUGACAACUACCACACUGCAGGCAACCACAACACAUCAAGCCACCACACUAUCGACUUCAACAGAACAAUCUACCAGAAUCACAGACGCAAUCACCCAAGACCCUACCACAACUUCACAAUCCACCACAAAUACACCGACAACAGAUACAACCACCGUACAUUUGACAACAACCACACCACAGACAACCACACCAACUACAACAUUGGAAACUACCACACAAUCAACUUCCCAAUCCACCACAAAUACACCGACAACAACGGAGACAACCACCGUACAAUUGACAACAACCACACCACAGACACCCACACCAACCACAACAUUGCAAACUACCACACAAUCAACUUCCCAAUCCACCACAAAUACACCGACAACAACGGAGAGAACCACCGUACAAUUUACAACAACCACUCCGCAAACAACCACACCAACUACAACAUUGGAUACUACCACACAAUCAACUUCCCAAUCCACCACAAAUACACCGACAACAGAUACAACCACCGUACAUUUGACAACAACCACACCGCAGACAACCACACCAACCACAACAUUGCAAACUACCACGCAAUCAACUUCCCAAUCCACCACAAAUACACCGACAACAACAGAUGUAACGACUGUACAUUUGACAACCACACAUCAGGCAACCACACCAACAAUCGUGUCGCAAUCAGUAUCAACAACCACAACAGCAUCUUCAUCCACAACAUCUCUCCCCACCACACUUGCAUCACCAACAACAUUGACAACAGUCACAACAGCAUCACCAUCAACCGCAACAAUAUCUCCAACCACAACAGUGUCACAAACAACAUAUACCUCAACUACAACCACUCUUCCAACAACAGCUUCAACAACAUCUUCAACAACAACAUCUUCAACAUCGCCAAGCACAACAGCAUCGCCCUCUACAACAUCUACAGUACCAGGUUUGCCAAGAAAUCUAACUCUUGCCAGUGGAGGAGUAACAAACACAUCUCUGCAAGUCAUUUGGCUGAGUGCUCUGGGAGAUGUUGAACGAUACACGGCAUUAAUCUCUCCUGGAGAUUCACCCUCCAUUGCUAUUAGCCCGAAUGGUUCACUCAAUGCCAAGUUUGCUGGGCUGAGACCCGGAGUCCUAUACAUCAUCACUGUGAAAGCCAUUGGCAAAGGAAAUCUCUCUGGUGAAGGAGUGUCUGUGACUGCGAGGACAGUUCCAGGGAAUGCAAGGAAUUUGACCUUUACAAGUCAAGGAGUGACCAACAAGUCCUUGGAAAUUGUCUGGACGAGCGCUCAGGGCGACGUGGCACAAUAUUCGGUGCUCAUCUCUCCGGCAAACGUUUCUGCCCUUUCCAUCAGUCCAAAUGGGUUACUCAUCGCCAAGUUUGAUAAUUUGAGAGCAGGUGUCCUCUAUGUCAUCAACGUGAAAACCAUUGAUCAUGGGAAUAACUCCAAUGAUGGGGUAUCUGUGACGCAAAGAACAGACUUUGACGAAUGCAGCGAUGGGACCAGCAAAUGCGCUCAGGUGUGCAAUGAGCUGAACCUCUUUGAGAACAGCCAGGGAUACAACUGCAGCUGCAUCGGUGGCUUCAAGAUGCAGCAAGAUGGCAUUAGUUGUCAGCCUAUUGUGAGCUGCACACUGGCCUGUACCAAUGGAAGGUGCUUUAUUGAUCCCAACACAAAAAGGCCAACCUGCUCCUGUAACAUUGGUUUCGUCCUUGACAAAAGCCAGCAAAACUGCUUUGAUUUGAAUGAAUGUGAAGAGCAGCCUAAACCGUGUGAGCAGGAAUGCUCUAACGUCAUCGGAAGCUACAGGUGCUCCUGUUCUCCUGGGUUCACGCAGGAUCCCGUUGUUGCUAACAGAUGCAUUGAUGUUGAUGAGUGCCAGAGUAAUCCUUGCACAAAUUCUGGCACCUGUCAAAACAUGGUAAAUAAAUUCUCCUGCCAUUGUACCAGUGGGUGGACCGGUGUCUACUGUGAUGAAGAUGUAAAUGAAUGUGCCUCUAGACCAUGCUCCCAUGGAGGGACCUGUGUCAACACACAGGGCUCCUUCUCUUGCACAUGUGCACCCGGUUGGAGUGGGAACCUCUGUUCACUGCUUGUGGAUGAAUGUGCGUCCAACCCGUGCAUCCACGGCACAUGUGUGGAUCAGGUCAACGCCUUCUUCUGCAGAUGUGACGAGGGGUGGUCGGGCGACACAUGCACUACGAACAUCGACGACUGCGUGAAUGCACAGUGCCAAAAUGGUGCAACCUGCAUUGACAUUCUGAAGGGAUACAACUGUUCCUGUAUUCUGGGAUACACAGGGCAAUACUGCCAAUACAAUAUCGAUGACUGCAUUGGAAACGAGUGUCAGCACAGUAGCACAUGUCUGGAUGGUGUCAAUAGUUACAUCUGCCUUUGUCCGAGUGGAUGGAGUGGUGUUCGCUGUGCAAGUGACAUUGAUGAGUGCAGCGCUGGACCUUUUCCCUGCCACGGAACGCUUGGGAUCUGUACCAACACGCCUGGCUCAUACGCUUGCUCGUGCAAGCCUGGCUAUGAGGGAGAUGGCAUUCAGUGCUUCGAGAAGAGGCUCUUCGAUUAUGGGAGAAAUGUGCACGACCAAAGUCCGUAUAUUUGGGACACAGACUAUGUGUCUCCGUUCUUCUCACCACCGUACGGAUUUCCAUUCGGAACCAAGUUCUACCAACAGUUGUAUUUCACAGACAACGGGUUGAUUGUGUUCAAAGAAAACGAAGACCAAUCAAAGUUUGCUUAUCCCAAUCCAACUAGAAAUUCAUGGUGGUACUAUACUCCCAUGAUUGCAGUUUUCUGGGACGAUUGUGACUUCUCAUCCGGCAUUGGAAAAAUAUAUUACCAGGAGUAUGACUUUACUGUUGGCAACCCGAGCCAAAAUGCAACACAGCUCCGUGAAAAGGUGCAGGCGCAGGUCCGAGCCAACUUCAGCACUGUGCCGGAUAUAAUAAACUAUGUGCCCACCUGGAUGUUAAAGAUCACCUGGGAGGAAGCUCCUGCUGUGCCAGCAAACAACAAUGGCAGAUAUACAAACACCUUCCAAGCCAUCCUGAGUACAGAUGGCAUAUUUUCAUUCUGCCUACAAAUAUAUAAAGAUGGGGGCAUGCGAUGGAGAACUGAAGUUAGGGAUUUCAACAAUGCUGUCAUGGGCUUCAUGAGUGGACUAGAAAAUAGCCCCUACAUUGAACCAAUUUCACUGUCGCCAAAUGCCACCGUACGAUAUCGUCCAGACCAGGCUGUUGGAACAAAUACAGGCUUGAAGGGGAGAUCAACACUCAGGUUGGAAACGAACUCAUAUUAUACCAAAAAUCCAAAACGGGAAUGCCUAAAAUGGUAUCAAAGUGAGCGAAACACCCCCUACUUCAGUCCCUUCACUACCUGCCCUUGUUUCUAUUGGCAAGGGUAUUUUGACAUGUCCUACGUUGACGGGAACAUCAUACAAAUGUAUGGCUACAAUCCUCCUUACGUCUCAGGAGCAUCUCGGAGUCUACAGAGCAUUUGGCCAGACUACAAUGGUGGAGGGGUGAGAUGCCACUAUAGCUGGUCGGGCUCUCUGCUGUCGGGUGGGUACGAGAGGUAUCUGCCCACUCCUUGGAACUACUGGUCGUGGUGGUGGUGGGGGGGAGCGUAUUAUAUGCAACUACAAAGACAAGAAUAUCAACAAAAGGAAGCGAAUCCCUAUCAAUACUGCUGUCAGUCUGGAGACAGUCGACUGUGUCGCCUGUACCAAGAGAAACGCCCUCGCAACCAAUGUUCAUUCUACAGGCCUCCCUUCUUCGCAUUUCUCCUUGGCGACCCUCACAUCACGACGCUGGACAACGUCUCGUACACCUUUAACGGUCUGGGAGAGUACACGGUCUUGGAGGUGCCUGGCGAUCAGAACCAUUUCACCAUGCAGGCCCGGACGGCGAUCGCAGGGUCCAAUGGGACCUCAAAAGCCACGUCGUUUGUGGCCAUCGUGGCCCAAGAAAAUGGCAGCAGCAAGGUUGAAUGGAUUCUCAAAGACAACAUCACUGUCGUGCUAUUAGAUAGUCAAGUUACUCAAGUCUCAGAAAACAAAACGUUUCACAACCAGACGUCAGUCGAGCUGUCGUAUGGGUCAGUCGUCGCGUCGUUCCCAUCGGGUAUCUCCGUGAAUGUGACGGCUUCUUACGGGGCGCUCAACUUCAUCACUCUGCUACCCCAAAAAUUCGUCAACCAAACGGAAGGCUUGCUGGGUGUUUUCAACGGUGAUCCUAAAGAUGAUUUUAAAUCUAAGAAUGGCACUGUGCUGCCCUUUGAUGGAACAAAUGUCCCUCCAGAGAACCAGUUAUACUAUGAUUUUGGAGUCACAUGGCAAAUCGCUGCAAACACGAGCUUGUUUUCUUACAACACCAGUGCUGGGGAGAGCUGGCACACCUACAACAACAACAGCUUUGUGCCGAUGUUUUAUGAAGAACUCCUUAAUCGGACAUCGGCCAAAAAACUGGCCAACGUCAGCGCUUCCUGUGGAGGGCAAAAGGACUGCAUUUUUGAUGUGCUCAGCACUGACGACCCCAAUUUUGGGCAGGCCACGAAGAACAGUGCUGGAGAAUUUGGAUCGCAGGGCCAAACACUGCAAAACUUCCCUCCCAACAUUACAAGCAGUGGACAGCUCUCGACCAAAGUGAAUUCCACGGUGUGGGCCAAAGUAAUUGCAGAGGACCCCAAUAACGACACCAUUGUCUUCACCCUUACGACAAACUCAUCAGGCCUCACAAUUACAAGCGAUGGGAAUUUGACAUGGAGUCCCAGAAGCUCGGAGCCAGCGUUUGGCGUGGUGAGCGCCAGCGACGGCAAGGCCUCCUCUGCGCUGCUGCUCAACCUCACUCUCUGCAACUGCAGCGCGAACUCCAUGUGCCUCUCCAACCAGACCACCCUGAGCAUCAAUGGCAGCGACGGAUCCAAUUUUCAGGUUUCCGGCUGUCUGUGUGAUCCUGGCUACGCGGGAGUGUACUGCACGGACGACUACAAUGCCUGUGUAGACAGCCCUUGCCAUCCUGGAGUGAACUGCACAGAUGAACCUGCACCCUCCCUAGGCUUUUUGUGUGGGCCCUGUCCCGCUGGGCUCACAGGCAACGGGAGCAAGUGUUUCGAUGUGGACGAGUGCAUGUUACAGAUAUCUGAUUGUAAUCAAACGUGCACGAAUAUAAUUAAUGGCUACACGUGCAGCUGCAAAGAUGGCUAUCGUAAUGUCACCAUGGACAGCCACAGAUGUGAAGACAUUGAUGAGUGUGCCCUGAAUUCAUCUCUUUGUGUCAAAAAUGCCCAUUGUGUAAACACACCUGGCCACUAUGACUGCAGUUGCAAUGCUGGCUUCAGAGGAAAUGGAUUUAUAGAUUGUCAAGAUGAAGAUGAAUGUUCAGUCAAAAAUAAUCCCUGCUUAUCCGUAAACAAUUCAUUUUGCAACAAUAGCAUCGGGUCCUAUUCCUGCAUCUGCACUUCCGGCUAUAAUGGCACAACUUGUGAAGAUAUAAAUGAAUGCAUAAGCGGGCAGAACAAUUGUCCCGUCAACGCCAAUUGCACCAAUACGAUCGGCUCCUAUACGUGUGCAUGCAAACUGGGCUAUGAGGGAAAUGGCUGGAACUGUAAGGAUAUCGACGAAUGUAUGACGGGAAACCAUUGUAAUAGUAACGGAUCAGAAUGUAUGAACACUGAUGGGUCAUAUUACUGCACCUGUGCGCUUGGAUUCACUGGGAAUGGAACCUACUGCGCAGAUAUAAAUGAAUGCACGGCCAAUCCAUACUUGUGCCAGGACACAGAAGAAUGUAUGAAUGGUAUUGGAAGCUACAAAUGCGAGUGCUUACCAGGUUACAUAAGGAAUGGAACAAUUUGUACAGAUGUUGAUGAGUGCAAGAAAAGCCAACCGUGUGACGCGAACACGAUGGUGUGCAGCAACACGAUAGGAUCGUACACAUGUCUGUGCAAGGCGGGAUACCAGUAUGAUAGCACAGCUCGCAUCUGUACUGACACGGACGAGUGCGUCGUUUCAUCAUUAAACAACUGCUCGAGGACGACAGGGCUCUGCCAAAAUUUCGAUGGAAGUUUCACGUGCCAGUGCAUGGCUGGCUACACGGGAGACGGAGUCACGUGCACAGAUGUCGAUGAGUGUAACCCACCGGAAAAUGCAACGCAGCCCUGCAAAGGCCCUGUCGGAGUGAGAUGUAACAACACCAUUGGCCACUACACAUGCAGCUGUCCCUUCGGAUACUACUUGGACAGUGAUGGAACCACAUGCAAAGAUGUUGAUGAAUGCAUCAGAGGACUCCACAACUGCACCCAGAACUGCACGAACAUCGAAGGAGGCUUCACCUGCAGCUGCUUUGCCCGUUUCAGCUCUGUGAAUGGGACUUGUAAACCAAACCAAACUUGUGUGACGGACGUUUGCAAUGGAACUGGAGAUUGUUACAUUGAUGAAACAACUCUCCCAGGAUGUUCCUGCAAUUCUGGGUACACCCUCAAUGGCACGAGCAAAACGCAAUGCAUCAAUAUUGAUGAGUGCAGCUUAUCCGUGGCUGAUGGACAGACACCUUGCGACUCCAUAUACGGGACAUGCACUGACACAAUCGGCAGCUUCAAGUGUGGAUGUGUGGCUGGGUAUGCGGUCGUAAGCGACAGCCGGACCUGCCAAGACGUGGACGAGUGUCAGAGCGGAAUCUAUAACUGCACUCAAUAUUCCACGUGUCAUAACUUAGAAGGAAAUUAUACCUGCAUCUGCAACAGUGGAUAUGUCCAAUCUGGAGAGACGUGCAUAGAUGUUGAUGAGUGUCAAAAAGCAGGUAGUGCUCUCUGUGGUCAUGGAGCCUACUGUGCUAACACAUUGGGUUCAUACGCAUGCAGGUGUCUUGUGGGAUACGUAGGCAAUGGCACUGUCUGCCUGGAUGUGGAUGAGUGUCUGCUCCCCAGCAACAACUGCAGUGCCAAUUCAACAUGCACAAACACCCCAGGCUCCUACCAAUGCCAGUGUGAUGCUGGUUUCCAAAAAACUGGAGAGAUGUGCACAGAUGUAGAUGAGUGUCUGAAAUUUGGCAGUGCGGCCUGUGGGCAAGGAGCCUACUGUGUCAACACGGUGGGUUCAUACAAUUGCCCGUGUCUUGCGGGAUACAUAGGCAAUGGCACUGUCUGCCUGGAUGUGGAUGAGUGUCUGCUCCCCAGCAACAACUGCAGUGCCAAUUCAACAUGCACAAACACCCCAGGCUCCUACCAAUGCCAGUGUGAUGCUGGUUUCCAAAAAACUGGAGAGAUGUGCACAGAUGUAGAUGAGUGUCUGAAAUUUGGCAGUGCGGCCUGUGGGCAAGGAGCCUACUGUGUCAACACGGUGGGUUCAUACAAUUGCCCGUGUCUUGCGGGAUACAUAGGCAAUGGCACUGUCUGCCUGGAUGUGGAUGAGUGUCUGCUCCCCAGCAACAACUGCAGUGCCAAUUCAACAUGCACAAACACCCCAGGCUCCUACCAAUGCCAGUGUGAUGCUGGUUUCCAAAAAGCUGGAGAGAUAUGCGUAGAUGUGAAUGAGUGUCAAACAUCUGGCAGUGCGGCCUGUGGGCCAGGAGCCUACUGUGUCAACACGGUGGGUUCAUACAAUUGCCCGUGUCUUGCCGGAUACAUAGGCAAUGGCACUGUCUGCCUGGAUGUGGAUGAGUGUCUGCUCCCCAGCAACAACUGCAGUGCCAAUUCAACCUGCAAGAACAUGCCAGGCUCCUUCCAAUGCCAGUGUGAUGCUGGUUUCCAAAGUAAUGCUACCGUGUGCGAGGACAUCGACGAGUGUGGGAGAGUCCCAACUGUGUGUGGCUUGGGAACAGUUUGUGAGAACACAGUGGGGUCAUACCGCUGCCCCUGCGCUCCAGGAUAUCAACGCAACACAAGUGAUGGAAAUGCAACAUGCUCACUGGCAACGACAUAUUCAACCACGCCAGGGACUGCUAAUUCAACACAGUCACCACAGACAGCGAGUCCACCAAGAUCAACCACCUCAAACACAUCGAGUAAUUCUACAGUAUUCUUCACAUCAGAAGGUGUAUCGGCCACUACUACACCAAUGAAUGCAUCAUUCACUGCAAUUACUCAACCUCCAUCAUUCUCAACAUCAGCCGCCUCGGUAACAAAUACAACUGAUUCGAUGAAUGCAACCACUACCGCUGUAGAGACAUCACCAAUAACAGCACCCUCGAACACAACAGCAGCGAAUACAUCAGCUGUGACUCAACCUCCAUCAUUCUCAACAUCAGCCGCCUCGGUAACACAUAUAACAAAUGAUAUGAAUGCAACCGCUACCGCUGUAGAGACAUCACCAAUAACAGCGCCCUCGAACACAACAGCAGCGAAUGCAUCAGCUGUGACUCAACCUCCAUCAUUCUCAACAUCAGCCGCCUCGGUAACAAAUACAACUGAUUAUAUGAAUGCAACCGCUACCGCUGUAGAGACAUCACCAAUAACAGCACCCUCGAACACAACAACAGCGAAUACAUCAGCUGUGACUCAACCUCCAUCAUUCUCAACAUCAGCCGCCUCGGUAACAAAUACAACUGAUUAUAUGAAUGCAACCGCUACCGCUGUAGAGACAUCACCAAUAACAGCACCCUCGAACACAACAACAGCGAAUACAUCAGCUGUGACUCAACCUCCAUCAUUCUCAACAUCAGCCGCCUCGGUAACACAUAUAACAGAUUAUAUGAAUGCAACCGCUACCGCUGUAGAGACAUCACCAAUAACAGCGCCCUCGAACACAACAGCAGCGAACACAUCAGCUGUGACUCAACCUCCAUCAUUCUCAACAUCAGCCGCCUCGAUAACAAAUACAACUGAUUAUAUGAAUGCAACCGCUACUGCUGUAGAGACAUCACCAAUAACAGCGCCCUCGAACACAACAGCAGCGAAUACAUCAGCUGUGACUCAACCUCCAUCAUUCUCAACAUCAGCCUCCUCGGUAACACAUAUAACAGAUUAUAUGAAUGCAACUGCUACCGCUGUAGAGACAUCACCAAUAACAGCACCCUCGAACACAACAACAGCGAACACAUCAGCUGUGACUCAACCUCCAUCAAUCUCAACAUCAGCCGCCUUGGUAACAAAUACAACCGAUUCGAUGAAUACAACCACUACUGCUGUAGAUACAUCACCAAUAACAGCGCCCUCGAACACAACAACAUCGAAUACAUCAGCUGUGACUCAACCUCCAUCAUUCUCAACAUCAGCCGCCUCGGUAACACAUAUAACAGAUUAUAUGAAUGCAACCGCUACCGCUGUAGAGACAUCACCAAUAACAGUGCCCUCGAACACAACAGCAGUGAAUACAUCAGCUGUGGAUUCGACAACAGCAUCAACAACGAGAGUUGGGACCGAAAGCACAUUAGUGACGGUGAAUAUGAAUACAACAGGUCCCGUAGCUCUAACAGAGGUAUCAAACGCAACUUCAAAGACCACUGUGACAUCAGUGACCACCGCAGCAAUGUCUACAAUAGGACCUAAUGGCACAAACGUGACUCUACCAAUAUUAGGGACAUCAAACACAACAAACACAGCCACAAUGGUACACAUAGUUACAACAGCAGCUCCCAAUUCCUCAACGGGAGCGUCGACAAGUGCGAUUUCGCCUGCUACAUCGAACACGACAGCAGCUUACACAGCUGUGGGCUCGACAACAACAUCAAUAACUACAUUGCGAACCAAUAGCACAACAGUGACUGCACUUACAAACCAGUCAACAAGCACAGCUGUGACUCAACCGAUAGUGAACUCACCCACCUCAUACACAACAAUAAUAUCAACAGUGUCAUCGUCUACAGCCUCAACCACAAAUGCAACAGUCACUCCGAAUUCAACAAUCAGUAUCAUUUCAACGGUGACAUCUCCAACGACUGCAUCGACUUCCACCACUGUGUCUAACUCAGGUACAACACCAACUUCAAAUGGAACAACACAAUCCACAACAACUGUUAUUACAUCGUCGAUAUCACCGACACCGUCAUCCGCAACAACUGUCUCCACGACCUCCGUGCCAACUACGGCUGCAAUCGUGGUGCCGGGACUCGUGAAAAAUUUGACUUUGACCAGCCAAGGAGUGAAAAACACCUCCCUGGAGGUUGUGUGGCUGGCUGCUGAGGGUUAUGUGGAGCAGUACAUUGCAUUCAUCUCUCCUCAAGAGGCAUCGGCUGUGUCGGUCAGCCCGAACGGGUCACUCACAGCCAGGUUUUCUGCGCUACGUCCUGGUGUUGAAUACACAAUCACGGUCAAAACCUUCGGAAGAGGCAAUGUCUCCAAUGCCGGAGUGUCAGUGAAGCAAGUAACAGCACUCACCACCUGCAACAUUGCCUGCACCAACGGCCAAUGCUUCAUUGAUGCGAAGACAUCAAUGUCUACCUGCUACUGUAACAGUGGGUUCAGCCUCACCAGCCCGCAGAUAUGCAGUGAUGUGGAUGAAUGUCAGUCGAGGCCUUGCAAACAUGGAGGCAGCUGUGCCAACACUCAAGGCUCCUACUCGUGUAGCUGUGUGUCAGGCUGGAGUGGGCUGAACUGCACAGAGAAUAUUGACGACUGUGCUGGAAGUGUAUGCCAAAAUAGUGCAACCUGUUUGGACGGUGAUAAUAGCUACACUUGUAUUUGCCGGAGUGGAUGGAGAGGUGUGAACUGCUCAGAAGAUGUUGACGAGUGUAUAGCGCGUCCCUGCCAUGCCACGCGUGCCACCUGCACCAACACAGCGGGCUCCUUCAGCUGCAAAUGCAAUGCUGGUUACGAGGGAGAUGGUGUUCAAUGCAUUGAGAAAAGACUUUUCGAAUAUGGACCAACUGUGGGUGACACAACUAUGAGGACCUUUUCCACGGAUUCAGUGUCUCCUUUCUUCUCACCUCCGUAUGGUUUUCCUUUUGCCUCCAAGUUCUACCAGCGGUUGUAUUUUACAGACAAUGGCCUGAUUAUUUUCAAAAAUGUCGAAGAUUCAACGCAAUUUGCCUAUCCCAACCCCUUCAUCAACGGUUUUACAGAGAGCUCUUCUAUCCCUAUGAUUGCCGUGUUCUGGGAUGAUGCUGACUUCUCCUCAGAAACUGGGAACAUGUACUUUCAGGAGUAUGAUUUUAAUCAAGGCCUCAGCAAUAAUACUGAUGCCUUGACCCUUCGUGGGAAGGUGAUGGAGCAGAUCCAAGCCAACUUUAGCAGCCAGUCAGACACACAUGGCUAUGAGCCCACAUGGAUGUUGAAGAUCACCUGGGCGGAGGCCCCGGCUGUGCCUGCCAGGAGCAACUAUAAAUACACGAACACCUUCCAGGCCGUUCUGAGCACGGAUGGCGACUCCUCGUUCUGCCUCAUAUUUUUCAAAGAUGGAGGCAUGCAAUGGAGGCCAGAAGCCAGAGACCCCGGCUCUAACAAUGCCCUCAUGGGAUUCAAUAGUGGAACAAACCGGUUCUAUUACAAUGACGCACUGUCAAGACCGACAAAUCCAGCUCGCUAUCGCCCAGAUACGGUCAUUGGAAACAAUACUGGUCUAAAAGGAAGAUGGGCUUACAGGCUGGAUACAAACUUGGCUGUGACCACUAAUCCAAAGCGCAAGUGUAUGGACUGGUAUAGGAAUGAGUUAGCCCUGCCUUCCAUCAGCAGAUUCACUACCUGUCCCUGCUCUUUGUGGCAAGGACAGUUUGACAUGUCCUACAUCAAUGGGGACAUAUCCAGAUAUGGCUACCAGCCUCCAAAUGUCACAGGUUCAUUUUGGAGCUUGCAAAGCUUCAAUAAAGAUAGAUUUGGUGGAGGGGUGAGAUGCCACUACAACAAAUUUGGGGCCCUUGUGUCUGGGUCGUAUGAGAGGUAUCUUCCUACCCCUUGGGUCACCAACACUCAGCAAGACAUUCAACUUUACUCGACAAAUGAAACAGAACCAUAUCGAUCAUGUUGCCAGUCUGGAGAUGCCAGGUUUUGCAGGCUGUACCAACAGAAACGCCCUCCCAACCAAUGUGCUUUCUACAGGCCACCAUUUGCUGCGUUUCUCAUUGGCGACCCUCACAUCACCACCCUGGACAAUGUCUCGUACACCUUCAAUGGCCUGGGAGAGUACACUGUGUUGGAAGCGGUUGGAGAUGGGGUGAAUUUCACCAUGCAGGGCCGCACAGGAAUUGCGAGGACCAAUGCCUCCACCAAUAUUUCUUCAAAAGCAACGUCCUUCAUAGCCAUUGUUGCACAGGAGACCGGCGGCAUUAAGGUUGAAUGGAUUCUCAAAAACAGCAGCAUAGUAGUACUGGUAGAUGGCAAACAGAUCAAUUCAACAGAUGCCAUCUACAAUCAGACCAUGUCAAUCAAUUGGUCAGACGGACAUGUGGUAGCCACCUUCGCAUCGGGCAUCUCAUUGAACGUGUCCAGCGUUUCUGGGGCCCUCAACUUCAUCACCUCAUUGCAAGAGAGUUUUAUCAACCGCACGAAAGGCCUGCUGGGUGUUUUCAACAAGGAUCCCACCGAUGACUUCCAAGCUUCAAAUGGAACAGUUCUUCGCUUCAAUGGAAGCAGUGUGCCUCCUGAAUCGCAAAUAUAUUAUAGCUUUGGAAUUACAUGGCAAACAAAGCCAAGCACAAGCCUGUUUACUUAUAACGCCACCAGUGGGGAGACUUGGUCCACAUUCAACAACAACAGCUUUGUGCCUACAUUCUAUGAAGAACUCAUAAAUCAGACAUCUGCAAAACAACUUGCCGACAUUCAGGAAUUAUGUGGAGGACAGUUCGACUGCAUAUUUGACAUGCUGAGUACCGGCGACAGCACCUUUGCGCUGGCCACAUCGCAGAGCGCUAUGGAAUUUGGCUCUCAGCAGAAAGCUCUACAAAACUUCCCUCCCAACAUUACCAGCGACGGGCAAAUUUCUACCAUGCUGAAUCAAGUAGUUACAGUCAAAAUCAGCGCAGUGGACUCGAACAACGACACCAUUGUAUUUACCAUUUCAAGAAAUUCCUCAGACCUCAACAUCACAGCCGAUGGGACUUUGACGUGGAGCCCCAGAAGCUCAGAGCCAGCAUUUGGCGUGGUGAGCGCCAGCAACGGCAAGGCCUCUUCUUCGUUGCUGCUCAACCUCACCUUGUGCAACUGCAGCGCAAACUCCACGUGCAACUACCACCAGACCACCCUGAGCAUCACCGGCAGCGACGGAUCCACUUUCCAGGUUUCCGGCUGUCUGUGUGAUCCUGGCUACACGGGAGUGUACUGCACGGACGACUACAAUGCCUGUGUAGACAGCCCUUGCCAUCCUGGAGUGAACUGCACAGAUGAACCUGCACCCUCCCUAGGCUUUUCGUGUGGGCCCUGUCCCGUUGGGCUCACAGGCAACGGGAGCAAGUGUUACGAUGUGGACGAAUGCCUGGAAGUACCAGCCAAAUGCAAUCAGACAUGCUUGAACAACAAUAAUGGAUUUACAUGUUCUUGCAACAUUGGCUACAUCAACACCACCAUCGACAGCUCUACGUGCCAAGAUAUGAAUGAAUGUGCUCUCAAUUCGUCGCUUUGUGCUGAAAAUGGUGUCUGUUUCAACACGCCCGGGAGCUACGAGUGCAAUUGCAAGGAAGGGUAUCAAGGGGUUGGCUCUGUCUUGUGUCAAGAUAUUAAUGAGUGUAAUGCCGCGAUCGAUCCCUGCCUAUCCACAAACAACUCCUAUUGCCUGAAUACUCCAGGGUCCUACAAGUGCAACUGUUCUCCUGGCUACAAUGGGACAAACUGCACAGAUAUUAAUGAGUGUAAUGCCGCGAUCGAUCCCUGCCUAUCCACAAACAACUCCUAUUGCCUGAAUACUCCAGGGUCCUACAAGUGCAACUGUUCUCCUGGCUACAAUGGGACAAACUGCACAGAUAUUAAUGAGUGUAAUGCCGCGAUCGAUCCCUGCCUAUCCACAAACAACUCCUAUUGCCUGAAUACUCCAGGGUCCUACAAGUGCAACUGUUCUCCUGGCUACAAUGGGACAAACUGCACAGAUAUUAAUGAGUGUAAUGCCGCGAUCGAUCCCUGCCUAUCCACAAACAACUCCUAUUGCCUGAAUACUCCAGGGUCCUACAAGUGCAACUGUUCUCCUGGCUACAAUGGGACAAACUGCACAGAUAUUAAUGAAUGUGCAAUUCAAAACGCAUGCCAUACCAAUGCCACCUGUUCUAACAGCGAGGGUUCCUACAACUGCACUUGCAAACAAGGCUUUACAGGAGAUGGCAGAAUGUGCAGUGACAUCAAUGAAUGUUUGACAAAUUGCAUAGGCCAAUCUGCACAGUGCGUCAACACGAUUGGAUCUUAUAUCUGCUCUUGUGCUAACGGAUACAUCGACAUUGGGAAUAACAACCCAGAAAACGGAAUCAAUUGUGUGGACAUUGAUGAGUGUAAAACUAUGCCUUGCCCUCAAUACGAAGAAUGCUACAACAUCCCUGGCACAUACAUGUGCAACUGCAGCAAUGGUUAUAAGCGCGAUGGGCAGGAAUGUGUGCCUUUGAAUUGCAGUCAGACUGCCUGUAUCGGGGGAUUUUGUAAGAAUGGGGGAACAUGCUUCAAUACACCUCAAUGCACCGCCGAAUGCAAGUGCCAAGCAUCGUACUAUGGUACUGAUUGCCAGUACGGAAAAACAACUAUCAACGCAAGCAUUAAAACAGGUGCUCCAAAGUUGAAAGCCUUCAUGAAACUUAACUGCAGCAUUUCACCAACACCCACAAAUACAAUUGAGGAAUUGGCCUCAGCCAAAAUUUUAACUAAACUAACACCCCUGUCUUACUUCAACUACUUUUAUAACAACAACAUUACAAAUAUCAGCAGCACGGAUAAUAAAGUUUUUUUUGUGGAGAGCUAUGCUCAGUUUAACUACACAACGGAGAGUGCUGUGUUUGACUAUUAUACAAACACUCUGGAGACUGAUAUUCGGAAUCAAUUCAACACGCGAGCAGUGGAAUCCAUGGUUCUCGUCAGUUUAACAAAGGAACAACUUUCAAAGGAUGAAUUAAAACAAUACAUAAACUGUUCUACAACUAUGCUUAAGUACGUACCAAUAUGGAUAGAUGGUAUAGGCUUUGUGUGCCAGUCCCCUUGCAUCACCGAAAUCUACUGCAAGAACGGAGGGGAAUGUCAGCACACAUCAAAGGGGCCAGUGUGCACAUGCGCACCGAAUGGAAUUUACCAUUCCGAUGGAGAUCAAUGUCAGCACCUCACUGUGACGUCUCCAGCCUUCUUUGGCAUUUUGUUUGGUAGCCUUGGUGGAAUGUUAUUACUGGGAAUAGGCAUCUACGCAUUCUGGAGAUACAAGUCUGGAAGAACCUAUACGCUGUUUGGUAACAAGGGCAGUCUCAAUGGCAGUCAUCCAGGAAGUGCGUCAGCCUAUGACAAUUACUCACGGGAAGGAGCGAUUAAAGGAACACAUGCAGCAGAAACAGAGGUUUAUGGCGUAAAAUCCGAUUUGGCUUUCACUUCAUGGCGCCCCGUAAUUCGUGACAUCAACACCACCAAGAUAUCGAUUCAACGACCGUCGGUGUUAAAAGGGUGUUCUGAUUCGGAACAAGCCUUCCAUGACCUGGAAUAAGUGAACGAGUGAAGGAGACGGAAACAAUGCCAAUGACGUCAUGAAGCAUCCGAGUUAUUCUACACAACUUCUGCCUAAUUGCUGCGGUUGCGUUGAAAUUAUGCUAUAAUUAUACAAAUAUUUGUAUUCCUGAAUUUAAAUGUUAUAUAAGUGAUGGUAUUGUUUUUGUAAUUAAUUCGAUACUUUGAGAAUCUAAGCUACAUUAUCUUCAAUAAGUAUUCUUUGGGUCUUUCGGUAAAGUCACGUAGAUAGGUUAAAAGAAAAUAACAAUCUUAAAUAACAAUUAUCUUAAAUAAGUAUUAUGAUUUAAGGGUUGACUAUGAUUUGACGGUUUUGUGAAGUGCAAUUUGAGAUUUUUAAAUACAAGCAUAACUUCAUGCAUUACAUUUUGAUUUAAAGCUUUCGUAACUGCAGGGAUUCAUAUUCUUGCAUUACAUUACUUAUGUGCCUUUAUGAUGUAUGUUUACAUCCCUGUUUCCAAACUUUGUUUAUAAUUCCGUUGGGUUUUUUUCCACCUUAUUCGCAUGAAAACGUCUGAAUUUUAUUGAAAACGCUCAUUUAAAAAAAAAAAUGUGUUAUUGUGAUAGCACUUUGACAUCUUAUCCACUAUAUUUCAGAUUUUUUUUUUUUAGUUUUCAAAACAUUGUCAUGAAACCAAAUUCAUGACAAUGUAUGGAUUAUUUUGCAACAGCGGAAUUAGAAAUCUUUGCUUAGAAUGUCAGUGUGAUCAUGAAAAAUAGUAUCCUAUGUUAAAUGAAUGUUGCCCUUGAAAAAAAUGCAUAUCUUUACAAGUAUUUAUAUGUGGGAAUACCUUAAUGUUUAAAGAGGCUGAUAUCUGAAUGUAUUAACUCAUAUUUUAUGCAUUUAAUGAAUGUACGUUGUAUCCAUAUUUAUGAAAUAUUUCCGACAAAGAACAUGCCAGCGCUUGCAGAUGCUAUUGAUUGCAACUCAUUGAAGUAUUGCUGGUUCAUAAUAUUGCUUGUUACAGUUAAAAUAACACGACAUAACCUGCCACUGUUGAGCACAACCUCAGGAAAACGAAAUAAUAGAAUGUACACAAGAGGAUUACAUUAUCAACAUUAAUUUACUUUGUAGAUUUCAUGAUUCUUAGUCAGGGGUAUUUUAACGUUUGCAAAACAGACUAUGAUAAGUCAUUGCAGUAAUACAUGCAAAUGUACACCAAACCAAUCUGAAACAAACGAGAAUGCUACGCAAGGAGCUGCUGAUAAAAUGGAAGACGACAUUCCUGUGUUGCAUUUAUUUGGGGGAGCAGUGGGUGCAUUGGAUAGCAUACCAGCUAUGAACCCAGCAACCUGAAUUUGAAUCUCAGCCAUUGCUAACAUUGGUGGCAAGCAAUAUCUGGGCUGGUCAUGGAUCCUCCCCCCAGCCUUCACCAACCCAGCAUGGUGAAGACUAACUGCAUGAGGAGGCCUUAAUGGUGGGAAAAAAUUGAUAAAGCCCAAUGAUAUUGACAUACAUGUGAGAAGCCACUACCCUGGAUAGGUGAUAGCAUCUGCUGAAUGAAAUUUAAAUUACCUAGCAGAGAAAAUGUGGAUUGUAGCAGGUCUGCCUUCCACAUUUUUAUCACUGCAAUACCGCUGUGCAGUCUCUUAUGGUCACGGGUAAUGCUGUUUUAAUCGCAAUAAUAUUUAAGAAUAAAAUGUGAUUCAAAUGAAUUGUAUGUUUUUUGUUAAACCUGCUUCAAAUUAAAUGUUAACGAUAUAUUU